CCACGGAGGUGAAUCAGCUGUGGCCCUGACCAGGAGGAACUCACAGUCUAGUGCGAUAGACCGUGGUCAGCAGAUGUGUCUUGCCCAGUGAGAGGGUGAGGCCCCUGAAAGCUGCAGAGCUCAUCCCGGCCUGGCUUCUGCUCAGGGCCACCCUGGAUUCACCGGGAGCCCCUGCUUCUCCUCCCUGCCCAUCCCACCCCCAAAGCUGUUUGGCCAUGCCAAUGGUGCUAGAACGUGCUUGUUGUGCCCACCGCCUCCAUGCCUAAAGCAGAGUGUGUGUGUGUGGCGUAGACUCGGCUCUCUUCUGCAGCCUCUUUGGGGCCAUAGGACCAGGUGCUGUUUUGAGUGACACACUGUUCUGAACUCUGCCCCAAGGGGGCUCCUGUGCUGGACAUGCCUGUGCCCGAAGAGGGCACCCCGCCACCCCUGAGUGGCACCCCCGUCCCGGUCCCAGCCUACUUCCACCAUGCAGAACCUGGCUUCUCCCUCAAGAGGCCUCGGGGGCUCAGUCGGAGCCUCCCGCCCCGGCCCCCUGCCAAGGGCAGCAUCCCCAUCAGCCGCCUCUUCCCUCCUCGGACCCCAGGCUGGCACCAGCCCCAGCCCCGGCGGGUGUCGUUCCGAGGCCGAGCCUCCGAGCCCCUGCAGAGCCCCGGGUAUGACCCGAGCCGGCCGGAGUCCUUCUUCCAGCAGAGUUUCCACAGGCUCGGCCGCCUGGGCCACGGCUCUUAUGGAGAGGUCUUCAAGGUGCGCUCCAAGGAAGACGGCCGGCUCUAUGCCGUGAAGCGCUGCAUGUCGCCUUUCCGGGGCCCCAAGGACCGGGCCCGCAAGCUGGCCGAGGUCGGCGGCCAUGAGAAGGUGGGGCAGCACCCGUGCUGCGUGCGGCUGGAGCAAGCCUGGGAGGAGGGCGGUAUCCUAUACCUGCAGACAGAGCUCUGUGGGCCCAGCCUACAGCAGCACUGUGAGGCCUGGGGCACCAGCCUGCCCGAGGCCCAGGUCUGGGGCUAUCUGCGGGACACCCUGCUGGCCCUGGCCCACCUGCACAGCCAAGGCCUGGUCCACCUUGACGUCAAGCCUGCCAAUAUCUUCCUGGGGCCCCGGGACCGCUGCAAGCUGGGUGACUUUGGGCUGCUGGUGGAGCUGGGUGCAUCCGGAGCUAGUGAGGCCCAGGAGGGAGACCCUCGCUACAUGGCCCCCGAGCUGCUUCAAGGCUCUUAUGGGACAGCGGCAGAUGUGUUCAGUCUGGGUCUCACCAUCCUGGAGGUGGCGUGCAACAUGGAGCUGCCCCAUGGUGGGGAGGGCUGGCAGCAGCUACGCCAGGGCUACCUGCCCCCUGAGUUCACUGCUGGCCUGUCUUCUGAGCUGCGUUCUGUCCUCACCAUGAUGCUGGAACCUGACCCCAAGCUGCGGGCCACAGCCGAGGCCCUGCUGGCCCUGCCGAUGCUCAGGCAGCCGCGGCCCUGGACCGUCCUGUGGUACAUGGCUGCCGAGGCCCUCAGUCGAGGGUGGGCCCUGUGGCAGGCCCUGCUUUCCCUGCUGUGCUGGCUCUGGCACGGGUUGGCACACCCUGCCAGCUGGCUGCAGCCCCUGGGUCCGCCGGCCACCCCGCCUGGCUCGCCGCCCUGCAGCCUCCUCCUGGACAGCAGCCUCGCCAGCAACUGGGAUGACGACAGCAUAGGGCCCUCGCUUUCUCCAGAGGCCAUCCUGGCCAGGGCUGCCGGGAGCACCUCCACCCCCUGCAGUGGCUCCCCUGCCCCCCGGGGCAGGUACACGCUGAGGGAUUCUCUGGACCUAAGUGACAUUGACUCAGAGCCCCCACAGGGCACCUUUCCCGCCUUUGAGCCUCGGAACCUCCUCAGCCUGUUUGAGGACUCACUGGGCCCAACCUGAGCUCACGGGCCCAGGCUCGGCACUUUUAACCUCUUAGCCCCUUCCCUCCAUCCUCCU